AUGAACCAGCUAAGAUCGAAGUUGGAUAGCUUUACUGAGAUCGUUAAUAGAAAACUGGAGGUUCUUGCCGAUGAAGUAUAUGCUAUUAAAGAAAACAAACCGUAUUCUAUACUAGUGUUAGAAGAUGUCAAUAACGAACUAAAGAAGGAAAAAAUAGAGCUUAAUAGAAAGAAUGAAGAAUUGGAAAAAAAAUAUUUGAACUUAUACCAAUCUACGUCGGUAUUGAGAGCCAAGGUUAUUGAUCUUGAAAACGAAAAGUCCAGUCUUACGACGGCUCUACGACUAGUUCACCAAGAUAAUGACUUAUUAAUUAAGAGGUUAAACGACCCAAAAACCCCUUGCGGUAAUACGUUAGCUGCUGUGACAUAUCUACAAGAUGACUUACCUGAUAAAGAUGAAACAAGAGAUGGGCACUCUGCAA